AGCCGGCCGUCUUGGGAGGGCACCUCCCUGCCUCCCCAUUACCAGGCCUCCUGGCUACCAGCUCAGGGGGCUGCCCCUGGCCCCUGGGGUUGCACAGGCUUGGUGGAGCUAAAUGAGGUAUGUCAGGUGGAAGGAGAAAUGAGAGCCAAUAGCCGAGCGAGGGGCACUGAGCUCCUGGCGCUGGGAGAGAGAGGCCUUUGGGGACGGGGCGGUCAGGUCAGGGAAGGACAGUCCAGGUGAGGGAAUAGCAGAGACAAAGGUGGCAGUCGGCCUUAUGUCACGGUUAGUAUAGCGGCAGGGCAGGUAUGCCCAAGACCAGAAGGGGAAGUGACCUGAGGCCACCUGGGAAGCUAGGACCUCAGCGGCUGCUUUUACCAGGUGGGCUGAGGCCCCUCAGGAGCCUGGCCCCUCCACUCAGACAUUUCCCUUCCUGAGAAAAUGGCGUUGGGGGCAGGGAGGACAGCAGGCCCUUCCUUCUUUGGCUUGGGCCACUGCCAGUCAGGCUCGUUGACAGAGGGUGGCCCACAGACCUCUGGGGCCAGCAGAGUUGGGUCAGGACCCUUUGCUGAGGAGAGGUGCCCGCCUUGCCACAGGCAGACAUGUCCCCAGGGAGGCAGGAGCAGGGUCAGCCCUAGCUGCACCCCUACAUCCCUGAGGCUCCCAAAUUGGGGAGGUGCUGGGCUGGUGAUGGGCGGGCUGCUCUCUCCUCCUCUCUCCUCCUCUCUCCCAGGCCCCUGUGGCUGGCAGGGACCACCCAGACCUCGCUCAAGUACUGUCCUCCAAUCGUGAGCCUACUCCACCAUCUCUGAGACCCCCAGACACAUCCCCAGGGUCAGAAUUCUCCAGGGGGCAGCAUGGGAGGAUGUCCUGCUGUAGCCCUCAGCCUGGAGUGACAGGAACCCCGUAGGACGCUGGGGGUGAGCCCCAAGUUGGGCUGGGUGUGGAUGGCACCUGGGGCCAUAGGCCUGCAGCCAUGCCACUGCUUUCCUGUUGGCUUUGAGACCUGACCCUGGACACAUGGGGGCCGGCAGGGAUGUGGGGGCUGCGUCAGGUCUGCUGGGGGACAUGGGACAAGCACAGCAUCAGCCAGCUCGGCCUGGAGCCCUGGACUGCCGAGCCAGUGGGGACAAGCACAGUGACCACAGCGGCUGUUUCUGAGGGCACCGCCCCACGCCUGCCUCACUACCUCUGCCAUGGGGCCUCCUAGCCGAGGAAAGGGGAGAGCACAGUAAUGUGAGGCCAGCCCUGAAUGCAGCUGACGACGGCUCCUAGGAGCAGGGCCUAUCAGGGGAAGGUGACCUGCAGCAGCAGGGGGAGAAGGUGACAGUUACGCCGGGUCUCAUCAGCACUGAGCUGAGGCUGGAGCCAGCUCGUCUGAGGGAAAGCCCUGAUCUCAUCCACUGAUCUUAGAGAGGUGGUGCCUGCUGCAGAGCUUCAUGGUUCCCACACAUUCACGACAGUCACAUGCGUGCAGAACUGCUUCCUGAGUGCAUAAAGGAGGCAACGGAGCACUCCCCCCCCCAACUUCUGCACUCCAACAAUAACUAGUAUUAAUACUCUGGAAUAGUCUUUUAGUAUUCUUGACUUUAUACGCACAUUUUCUAAAUUCACAAAAACGGGCACCCUGUAUGUGUGGUCUUGUAGCUUUCUCCUUGGUGUUCUAUCUCAUGGCCUUGGUGUGAUGUCUCUGCAUCCUUUUGGGGGCUUGGGAUGGGGACACAAACAAUACCCAGCCCUCCCCAUUGAGCUCAGAACUGAUGGAGAAAGGACACUCAGGGAUGAUGAAUGGAGCCCGGGGGCUGUGCUUAUGGCCAAGAAGGCGGCUAGCCAGUGUGACUGGGGCUGUGCCUCCAAAGUGAAGCCCACACCAUACUCGUCAGAACUGGAUGAGCCUCCCUCCCCCUCGGGGCCUUGCCUGCCCACCCACCGCCCCCUCCCACACCUGUGGACAGGGCAGAGGGGCAGGGAAUGGAGAGCCCAGAAGGGACUCAGCCUGAGACUCCUGUCUCCCUCCAGAAGCCCAAAUCAGAACGGUCCCUCCUGUCCUCCCCUCCCAGGAAGACAAUGGGGAUGUGCCGCCCAGUAACCCAUCUCUGCAGCUUUUCCUCUGCUGCUGGUUUUCAUCAUCACACAUCGGGCCAUGCUGGACGCGCCUCAACAUCCUCCUUGGUGCAUCUUGGAUGAUUUCUUUGAAUCACUUUUUAUAAGUGGUCUUCCUCAGCCAAGUGGACGAACACGUGUAAGGCUUCAAAGCUCCCUUUAUUUCAAAAUACUCAUUUUAUGUCUGAGUUGAAGAAAAUAAUUUCAUUUCUGCUCUUAAGUUUUUCAUGUAGUUCCUGGAAAGCCUGAACAAAUGUCCUCUAUGGUUCAUCAAAUCAAAGCCUCUAGUGGCAAACUCCAGAGCCCCCUUGACUGGGAAGGUGAAAAAAGGGUGCCCCAUCGAGGAACUCACCCGUUCCGAAGUGAGGCUCCCGUGGUUCUUUGUCUGGUUUCACAUCUGGGGGUCUGACACAGUCCCCUCCAGCUCACCCCUAUUCCCACCCGGCUCAGACAAUCACCCCUCCAUGCCCACAGUUGUAAUCCACUGUAGCUGGGCCAUUGCAUUUCCUCCAGGCCUUCUGACUCCCUUCCUGUCCCUGCAGGGCUGGGGCCCCAAGGAGCCAGGGGCCCCAGGGUCCUGUUCUGGUCCCAGGGCCUGGGGACACCAGCCGCCAUGGGUCAGGAGGAGGAUGGAUAUGGACACAACCCUGGGAGCCUGGCCUGGCCACAGCAGCAGCUCUGCAGAACCAAGGACAGAUUGAUUCACUUUGGAGCUAUAAGUACUGAUGUAUUAGGGUGCAGCGCUCAUUGUUCAUUGACGCACAGAGUCCCAAAAUGAAUAUCCAAGAGCAGGGUUUCCCUUUGGACCUUGGAACAAGUUUCACCGAAGAUGCCCCCCGACCCCCAGUGCCUGGUGAGGAGGGUGAACUGGUGUCCACAGACCCCAGGCCCGUCAGCCACAGCUUCUGCUCCGGGAAAGGUGCCGGGGUUAAAGGUGAGACUUCAGCAGCCACUCCCAGGCGCUCGGAUCUGGACCUGGGGUAUGAGCCUGAGGGCAGCGCCUCACCCACCCCACCAUACUUGAAGUGGGCCGAGUCGCUGCACUCCUUACUGGACGAUCAAGAUGGAAUAAACCUGUUUCGGACUUUCCUGAAGCAGGAGGACUGUGCUGACCUGCUGGACUUCUGGUUUGCCUGCAGCGGCUUUAGGAAACUGGAGCCCUGUGACUCGAAUGAGGAGAAGAGGCUGAAGCUGGCCAAAGCUAUUUACCGCAAGUAUAUCCUUGAUAACAACGGCAUCGUGUCCAGGCAGACGAAGCCAGCUACCAAGAGCUUCAUAAAGGACUGCAUCAUGAAGCAGCUGAUUGAUCCUGCCAUGUUUGACCAGGCCCAGACGGAAAUCCAGUCCACCAUGGAAGAGAACACCUACCCCUCUUUCCUCAAGUCUGAUAUUUAUUUGGAAUAUACGAGGACAGGCUCAGAGAGCCCGAAGCUCUGUAGUGACCAGAGCUCUGGGUCAGGGACAGGGAAGGGCAUACCUGGAUACCUGCCCACUCUGAAUGAAGAUGAGGAAUGGAAGUGUGACCAAGACCAAGAUGAAGACAGUGGCAGAGACCCUGCUCCCCCUGGCAGGCUCACACAGAAGCUGCUUCUGGAGACGGCCGCCCCGCGGGCCUCCUCAAGUAGACGGUACAGCGAAGGCAGAGAAUUCAGGGAAGGUCUGGAGAGACAUCUGGGAAGAGCAGUGGGCGGAGGCAGGACGGACACCGGCCCCUUGUGCCGUCUCCUCUGGAGGGUUUGCGUGUGCGGUUCCGGAGCCAGGGCGUCCAGGUGUGGGUCCUGGCGGGAGCCCGUCAACCCCUACUAUGUCAGCUCUGGCUACGCUCUCGCCCCGGCCACCAGCGCCAACGACAGUGAGCAGCAGAGCCUGUCCAGCGACGCUGACAGCCUGUCCCUCACCGACAGCAGCGUGGAUGGAAUCCCACCGUACAGGAUCCGCAAGCAGCACCGCCGGGAGAUGCAGGAGAGCGUCCAGGUCAACGGGCGGGUGCCUCUACCUCACAUUCCUCGCACUUACCGAAUGCCAAAGGAAAUCCGUGUGGAGCCCCAGAAGUUCGCCGCGGAGCUCAUCCACCGCCUGGAGGCCAUCCAGCGGACACGGGAGGCCGAGGAGAAGCUGGAGGAGCGGCUGAAACGCGUCCGGAUGGAGGAAGAAGGCGAGGAUGGUGACAUGCCCUCUGGCCCCCCGGGGGCCAGUCAUAAGCUGCCUUUGGCUCCUGCCUGGCACCACUUCCCUCCCCGCUAUGCAGACGUGGGCUGCAUGGGACUGCGGGAUGCGCACGAGGAGAAUCCUGAGAGCAUCCUGGAUGAGCACGUGCAGCGGGUCAUGAGGACGCCUGGCUGUCAGUCACCAGGGCCCGGCCACCGUUCCCCCGACAGUGUGCAUGUGCCCAAGAUCGUGGGGGUGCUGGGGGGCAUGCCCUCUGGGCAUGGUAAGCACGCGCCCAAGUCAGGGACAAAGCUGGACGCGGCUGGCCCGCACCUCCACAGGCACAGCCACCACCACGGCCACCACAGUGCGGCCAGGCCCAAGGAGCAGGCGGACGCGGAGGCUGCCCGCCGGGUGCAGGGUGGCUUCGCUUGGGGCCCGGAGCUGCACGGCCACGCAUCCAAGCCCCGCGGCCACUCAGAGAGUGUGGGCGCCGCCCCCAGCGCCAGUGACAGCCUGGCCUACAGCGGGAAGGCUGGUACUGCCUCCAGGAGAAAUGCUAAGAAGGCUGAGUUGGGGAAGAGUGCCGGCACUGAGGUGCCAGGCCCGUCGGAAGACACGGAGAAGAACCAGAAGAUCAUGCAGUGGAUUAUUGAAGGGGAGAAGGAGAUCAGCAGGCACCGCAAGGCCGGCCACGGGUCUUCUGGCGCCAAGAAGCAGCAGGCCCACGAGAGCUCCAGGCCCUUGUCCAUUGAGCGUCCUGGGGCCGUGCACCCUUGGGUCAGUGCUCAGCUCCGGAACUCCGUCCAACCCUCUCACCUCUUCAUUCAAGACCCCACCAUGCCACCCAACCCGGCCCCCAACCCCCUGACCCAGCUGGAGGAGGCCCGCAGGCGUCUGGAGGAGGAAGAGAAGAGAGCCAGCAAGUUACCCUCAAAGCAGAGGUAUGUACAGGAGGUCAUCCAGCGGGGGCGCUCCUGCGUCAGGCCAGUGUGCACACCCGUGCUGAGCGUGGUGCCAGCCGUGUCGGACUUGGAGCUCUCCGAGACAGAGACGAAGUCCCAGCGGAAGGCGGGCAGUGGGAGUGCCCAGCCGUGUGACAGCAUUGUGGUGGCCUACUACUUCUGCGGGGAGCCCAUCCCCUACAGGACCCUGGUGCGGGGCCGUGCAGUCACCCUGGGCCAGUUCAAGGAGCUGCUGACCAAGAAAGGCAACUACAGAUACUACUUCAAGAAAGUGAGCGAUGAGUUUGACUGCGGAGUGGUGUUUGAGGAGGUUCGGGAAGACGAGACCAUCCUGCCCGUCUUUGAGGAGAAAAUCAUUGGCAAGGUGGAGAAGGUGGACUGACAGGUGGGCCUGGCCUCUGUGCCGGGUUGGGCCUGCGUCUGUCAGGGGCUGGGGCCACACGCAGAGCGUCAAGAGGGUCGUGCUGUGUUGUGUGCUUCACGCAGCUGCUGGGAGAAGGCCAGGUGCUGCCUGCCCCGCAGCCGGCCUCCUCUUGGGUCCAUCUGUGUGCAGAUGGGCGGGGGUCCCUUUGUGUGGUCCCACAGGCCUCCACCCUGCAGCUGACAAGGAGGGUGCCCUGUCCGCUCCUCAGUGAUACUCAGUCCGCCUGAGUGGGGAGCCCGCCAUGGCGCCGCAUUGAACACCCUCUCCAGCGGUGCCCCGCUGCUGACGGCGGGCAGACGCACCCACUCCUCGGCCCUGGCGCUCACACCGCAGGCUCUGCCCCUCCUUCUGGGACUUGUCCGCCACACGGUACCCCGGUCAGGCCUGGCCUGGGCCUAGGGCGCCAGGGGCCCUGUGGGGGCCUCUGUAAAUUGUACAUGUCACCGAGUGCCUUCGACACAGCUUGUCUCUUGCCUGCCACUGUGUGGAUCCGGUGAUGGAGCCCCUUAGCGCUCUCCCUCCUCCACCCUUGUUUCCAGAGCGCUGGCUUAGCGGGUCCCGGGCCCCUCCCCUCUAAGGGCCCAUGUAAAUAUGUACAUUUCUCAGGCCAGGGCCAGUGGGGGCUGCCCCUGCCCAUUUUUCAUGCGCUGACUUGUACAAUUAUCUUUUCAAAGGUACUUGGAUAAUAAUGAAAUAAAAUCAUUUUUGAACCUU